AUGCCCUUCCCCAGGUCCACUGCCUUCCGCUUCGUCUCGCAGGCUGCUCGUCCGGCCGCCCGCUCGAGCUUCCGCAGCGCCGGCGCCGCAUGGCAGCGCACCUCGCAGCAGGGCGCUCGCCGCUACGCCAGCUCCUCUGGCCACUCGCACCAGGCCGGCAGUGAUGUCCCUUGGGCCAUCGGUGCCACCGUCGUGACCAUCCCCGGUGUCUGGUACAUGCUCCAGCCCGGUGCUGACCACGGUCACCACGAGGAGCACGCGAAGCACGAGGAGAAGCACGAGGAGCCCGAGGAGGAGCCCGAGGAGGCCCCCAAGGAGGAGUCUGCGCCUGAGGACAAGCAGGUCCCCAAGGUGUCCGAGACCGAGGGUAAGGACCAGGUCUCCAACAAGGAGAGCGACGAGCUCCAGAAGCCCCAGAACCAGGACACUCCCGAGGGUGAGUCCAAGAGCAAGGAUGAGUCCCACAUGACCUCGACGCCCGACAACAAGGGCAGCGUCGAGGGCGUCCGCUUCAAGGGCUCCACCAACCAGGGUGACUCUGACAACGCCGCCGAGGACACCCGUUCUCACGUCCCCGAUGCCAAGGGUGGCGCGAAGAAGCGCAUCGACAGCGGCUACGGCACUCCCAUUGGCUCCGAGUCGGCCGAGAGGGAUGCCAAGGGCUCCUCGAAGGACAAGGUGAGCUGCCACUUUGCCGCCUCUUCCAAGGAGAGCCUCAGCCAGAACCAGCAGUCUGGCAAGCAGGAGGGCCUUAGCAACACCGACACCAAGCACAGCACCGACCCUGUCAGCGACCCCAACAAGAGCACCAAGGGCGAGGGCACCGCCGAGACCGCCAAGGUCAAGGGCACCGUCUCUCCCAACAGGCCUUCUGUAAGUUGUCCUCGACCACAAGCGCCGAGCUAG